AUUCAUACAAAACGUUUUUUGCAAUGCCUCUCCUUCCCUUUCUUUCUAUUCUUUUUUUCAGAAUAGUAUCCCAAGCCAAAGCCGGAGAUACUGGAUCAUGUGAUAACUACAUAGGUAACUACACAGCGGACAGCGAAUAUGACAACAACCUCCAAACCCUUAUAUCUAGUUUCUAUUCUCAUAAAGAAAUUAACUACGGCUUCUACAAAUUCUCAAAUGGCCUGGAUCCAAACAAAGCAAACGCCAUUGGAAUGUGUAGUGGAGAUCUUAAGCCCAAUGAGUGUCUAACAUACCUAAGCAAUUCUUUUGCCGAUCUUAGAGAGCAGUGUCCAAAUCAAAAAGAGGCAAUUAUGUGGGGUGGGAGUUUCACUUUGUGGUACUCAAAUCGCUCAAUAUUUAGGAUAGUGGAAACCAAACCUACAACGAUUUUGUUAUCUUCGUCACCUGUAACCGACAUGGACAAGUACAACGAUGCACUGAAUAAACUGAUGACAAAUCUUACAGACAAAGCUGCAUCAGGUGACUCCCGUCGUAAAUAUGAUGCAGAUAAGUAUGAGUAUGCAAAUUUUGAAACUAUAUAUGGUUCUGUGCAGUGUGUGCCUGAAUUGUCAUCGCAACAAUGUAUUGAUUGUUUGGAAGCAAUAAUUUCAGAAAUUCCAAUUUGUUGUAAUGGCACGACGGGAGGACGACUUCUUGAACCAAGUUGCCGUCUUAGAUAUGAAACUUAUAGAUUCUAUAAAUCUACCAUUGAGUUAGACUCAGUUGCAACUCCACCAUCGCAAUCCACCAAUAACACUUCUUCAGGACAUAACAAAACACGUACUGUCAUUGCCAUAGCAUUGCCAUCUGUGUUUGUGGUUUUAGUAGCUAUUCUUAUAUGUUUCUGUUUGCUGGGGAGAAAGCCAAAACACAGUUUUGAAGAUUCAACAAGGAAAAUACAGUUGAAUUGGGAAAAGCGCUACAAUAUCAUAAAAGGUAUUGCCCGAGGUCUUCUUUAUCUUCAUGAAGAUUUCCGCCUACGCAUUAUACAUCGUGAUCUCAAAGCAAGCAAUAUUCUUUUAGACGACGAGAUGAAUCCUAAGAUAUCUGAUUUUGGAUUGGCAAGAUUGUGUAUAAAAGGUGAAACGCAAGGAAGUACAAAUAGAAUUGUUGGAACCUAUGGAUAUAUGGCACCAGAGUAUGUGAUGUAUGGAGAAUUUUCAGUAAAAUCAGAUGUUUUUAGUUUUGGAGUAUUAGUUCUUGAAAUUAUAAGUGGUCAUAAAAAUAGUGCAAGCAUUUGCCAUGGGGAGAAUAUGGAAUAUCUACUGAGCUACGCAUGGAGAAGCUGGAUAGAGGGGAACGCAACUAAUAUUAUAGAUCCAUCUUUAAACAACAUUUCACAAAAUGAAAUAAUGAGAUGCAUUCAUAUUGGUUUACUCUGUAUUCAAGAAAAUAUAGUUGACAGACCAACAAUGGCUACUGUUGCACACAUGCUUAAUAGUUAUUCUCUCACUCUCUCGAUACCUUCCAAACCUGCAUAUUUUAUGGGAAGUGGACCUAAGAAGCUACCAGAUAUGGAGCCACUGGUUGCUGAUGCAGCUGCAACAAUAUUUGAUGAAUCGAUUAACCAAGUUUCAAUUACUGAACCAUACCCUCGAUAG